GUUCGUCCAAGCAGGUAAUGAACGAACCACCUGAACCAACCAUACUUUCACUGUUACUGUGUGUACCACUUGCUUCUUGCUGAUGAAUUUCUCAGAGAGCUUUCGUAAAUUGCGAAUGAGUCAAUUGCAAGGAUCUUCUUCACUUAAACGGAAGCGACAAGACUUGGCCUUAGUGUCGGGAUCUAUGACAGAUGGUGAACGUGUACUGUAUAAUCUCAUACAUAGCAAGAAAGACAUUGGAAUCUGGACAGGCGACAUGAAACGAGAAACGAACCUACCCGACAGCAUAGUGAAGAAAUCCUUAAAGUUGCUUCAAUCCAAGAAUCUGAUAAAGGAGGUUGUUAACAUUCAAAACAAAGGUAGAAAACACUACAUGGCAGCUGAGUUUGAACCUUCCAAGGAAAUCACUGGUGGGGAUUGGUAUACUCAAGGGAGUCUUGAUACUUAUUUCAUAAACCUUGUAAAGGACGUGUGCUUGAAGUACAUUUUCAGGCAGAAAGUUGCAACAUGCGAUGGAAUUUUGGAGUGGAGCAGAAAGAGUGGUGUCUUCACGGUAGGAAUCACAGCACAGCAAACAGAUGAGAUUUUGCGAGCUUUGGUUUUGGAUGAUGAGAUUGAAGAAGUGAAGAGCACUGGAAUAGGGGAUUUUUCAUCUGUUCCUGUUGGCAGAAUUUGUUACAGAUGCAAAAGUAAAGGUGGCAUCAGAGGGGAACAAAAACCAGGUGCCAUGGCCUUCAUUCCAUGUGGAGUUUGUCCCCGAAUAAACUUCUGUACACCAGAUGGCAUUAUCUCCCCAAGAACUUGUGUCUAUUAUCAGAAAUGGUUGGACUUCUAAAGAUUCAAAUAACAGUUCAUAGGUUAGAUCUGACCCUUAUAUCUUUCACUCCCAUCUUGCAGCUGUUGUCUUUGUAUUGCAAACUUAUGUAUCAAAGCUCCUGCAUUAAAGUCAAAGCCUUCAGUGAGGGUUAAAAAGUUCUUCUUAUAAGCAUGUACUGGUUGGAACACUCUUAGACAGUAAUCCCAGUUGGAGGUCUUUCUAA